CUCGCAUCUCUUUCUCCACAUAUUUUUAUCUAAAUUUGCACAAAGAUCCAUGGUUUUCGAACAUUUUUCAACCACUUCCAAAAUUAACCCCACCCUUUAGAUCUAACAUUUUCUUGGUGAUUAACAUGUCCAAAUAAGAGAAAAACUACCUUGUCCUGACCAAAAUAAUAUCAACAUAAGAUAGUAUAUGAUCUAGAAAAGCCUACACAGCAACUAUUACUACUACCCAGAUGAAUUCAAGCAUUCCAGAAAUCCUUCUGAGCUCCGGUGACCAGAAAAUGCCCGUCUUGGGCUUGGGCACCGCAGCCGACCCUCCGGUGGGACCGGAGAUCAUUAAACAGGCAGUGUUUGAAGCAAUAGAGAUGGGUUAUAGACAUUUUGACACAGCUGCUCUGUACAAUUCAGAGCAGCCUCUUGGAGAAGCCAUAGCUGAAGCACAUCGUUGCGGCCUAAUUCGAUCUCGAGAUGAGCUCUUCAUCACCUCCAAGCUCUGGUGCAGUGAUGCUCACCCCCAACAUGUCAUGCCUGCCCUGCAAAAUACUCUCAAGAACAUUAAUUUGGAGUACAUUGAUCUCUAUCUCAUACACUGGCCUGUGAGUUCGAAGCCGGGGAUUCACGAGUACCCAAUCAAGAAAGAAGAAUUUAUGGCAAUGGACUAUAAGUCUGUGUGGGCAGCCAUGGAAGAGUGCCAAAAAUUUGGGUUCACAAAGGCCAUUGGUGUAAGCAAUUUCUCGAGCAAGAAGCUUCUCAAUGUCCUAACCACUGCAACCAUUCAUCCUGCUGUCAAUCAAGUGGAAUUAAACCCAUGUUGGCAACAAAGGAAGCUGAGAGAGUUCUGCAAGGCCAGUGGAGUACUUGUAGUGGCUUAUGCUGCUCUGGGGGCCAUAGGGACCUUUUGUGGCACCAACAAAGUUAUGGAGAGUGAGGUGCUCAAGGAAAUUGCAAAUGCCAGACAAAAGACCGUCGCGCAGGUUUGUCUAAGAUGGGCAUACGAGCAAGGGAUCGGUGUGUUGGUGAAGAGUUUCAACAAAGAGAGGAUGAAACAGAACCUUGGGAUAUUUGACUGGGCAUUGAGUGAAGAGGAGUCUAAGAGAAUCAGUGAAAUUCCACAAGGAAGAGCAUGUCUUGGUAAGGAUUACACCUCAACACAUGGACCUUUCAAGACAAUUGAGGAGCUCUGGGAUGGAGAACUUUGAUUUCAUCAUGUGUAAUUAGCUACACUUUCUCUGUAAUAAAGGACUUUGUUUCAUUCCUGUUUUUACAUCAAUCAGAUUUUACAAUUUAU